AUGCGGCUUCAAAGGAUGGUUCGUUGUAUAUUCAUUGAUGUUUAUAUAUUUUUGUAGUGUUCAUUAAGAUAUCUGAAGGCGUGGAAUACUUUCAUGACCAUGAACGGUUCCCGGUCUUGAAAUUUUUUUUUUAAAGCGAGCCUCUGUGAAGUUAACUGAUUUGGGCUUUAUUCAUUACUGAAAUAAUUCGCGCUAGAAAUUUACCAAAAAAUGGUGCAUCACAUGAGGCUUUUUAGUUCUUCCAAUUCGAUCUAACUUACCACGAUUAUGAAUUGAUGAGAACCUUCCGAAAAUCAAUUUCAUUUUUAUUUCAAAAAAAAAAAAUCCUAUUUUUGAAUUUUAUAACGCUUUCGAAGCUCGAUCUAGCCUUUAGAUCUGGGAAUUUUGCGUUCAAACUUUGAAAAUGACGGAAAGGACGGGGCUAGCCGAUCAGAAAGGUUUUCCCGACAGAUUUCCGAAGCUAAAAAGCAUGUAUAGGCCGUUCCGCGGCAGCUUGUCACGUUUUUCGUUCCGCCAAAAGGCCAGGUCAAAUUUUACCAACUUUCUCUUCAAGACCUUUGGUGCUUGCCGUUAUAAAAACAGAAUUUUGAUCUAAUUUGGUAUACGGUCUUUUUGGCGGUAACAAAAACGUGACAAGCUGGCGCGGAAUAGACUAUAAUCAAAACAAAAACGUCCUGAUUUUUUUUCAUCAUCAAGUUCAGCGAUUAUUUUCUUGGAUGCCCUCGUCGCAGUGUUGCAGCAACUGCGGCUCAAAGUACUCCUUACUUAAUAGAGAGGUACAAAAUAACGGAUAAAUUAUCUUUUUACAAUUUUUUGUUCAGGCGGGGUGCUCAAGUUGUGCUUUUUCUUUCUGCAAAAAGUGCCUCGACCACCGGACAGUGAUACCGAAUCUUUCGCCCCAUCCGGUCACCGUUUGCUAUAAUUGCUAUAAGAAGAUCGAGGCGAAGAAGCUCAAAACCGAGGCUGUGGUCAGUUAUUUGUGGGAAGAUCGAAAAAAAAUUUCAUCGAAAAGCAGCAAAAAUAGGACGAAAAAAUUGCUGCCUAUCAAAAAAAAUUUUUCGUUUUUUCAAGCUUCUGGAUUUUCCUUAUUUCUUUUAUGAUGCAGUAUUUUUAAAAAAAGGGAAAAUAUAGAUAACGUCUGUUCCUCUACCUGGUGAAAAUGGAACGUCUGCCUCGACUUCGGGUCAGAAAAAUUGGUGGGGCGAAGGACUUCCUCCGCCUUCCAUGAGGCAACAAUAUGGUUACUAAAUCAUUAAAUUGAUAAUUGUAUUUCAUUUUUAGGUGCCUUCCCUCCGACAUCACAAAAUCGGCUUCCUAACCAAAAUCACUUCUCAAAAGUCACGCCUCAAGAUGAACAGGUAGUUUAUUCUCAGCUAACGUCUUUUCUAGCUUUUUUCUUUUCAAAUUCUUUUCAAAUUUCAAAGACUUCAAAUAAAUCAGAGUUUUAUUCCUCUCUGGAGCUUUUGCUCCUUUUUCUUUUUAGCAUUGAGUAAAAAAUCUUGAGAUACGGCAGUUAGAAGCUCGCCGAGCCCAGUUGAGAGCAGAUGAGCCCAAGGCUGAGUCUCAACUUUCAACCGACGAUAUUGAAAGAAGAUUAGCCAUGCUCAGAGGGUGUGAUAUCGAAUUAGUGCGGAAUCCGAAAGCAGUAAGAACUCGAUUGACUAUUGUUUCUCAUCUUUCGGGAUUUUUCAGUGGUUUGAAGCCCAUCCAAAGCAAGCCAAUGAAACAAAUUCUGUAGCGGGACUGAUGAAAAUGGCCGAGGAUCGAGCUGCGAUCGAAGAAAGUCUGGAGGAGAACGAGAGAAAGGAGCUGGACGAGCUGGAGCGACGUCAUCGGAUGUUGAAGAAGAAGGCGGAAACUGAGAAGGACGAUAAAGAGGAGGACGACGUCAGCAGUGCGUUUUCCUGAGUUUCAGAGCGAAAAACGUUUAUUUGCUUUGAAAAAUUUUUCGUAAGGUUGUUCUAAAGUCUCUGCUCUUUUUGGACACGAUUUGGUUCAAUAUUUAUAUUUUCAAAAGCAGUUCAAAUUGAAAGUUUUCGUUUUUUCAAUCUUCAUCUAUAGGUAUCCAUGUCUACAUGUUUUGAGUUUAGAACUAUUUUCUUUUUCUACGAACGUAUCUCAUAGCAAAAGACAAAGUGCGUUCACAAAAUUUGUAGAGUACAGCUACAAAGUCAAUCAGCUACCAGAUUUCUUUCAUUACCGGAAAGUUCUUUUUGUCUCUUCUUUGGAGUGUUAUCUUGAAAGGACAGGUUGAAAGUUUUUUUUACAACUUUUUUUUUCUAGGAAACGAAUCAAUGAGAAUGUCGAUGACUUCAGGAACUUCUGAAUACAGUACUGCCACUAAAGAGCAACUGGAAUCGAUCAAUGAGUUGGUUUCUUAUUCGAAACGUUUUACCUUUUCCUGCCGUUUUCCUAUUAUUUUUCUGUUUAUAAAGGUUAGAGAGAGCUUUAGGUUUUAUGAUUCCUAUAGAUUGCUUAGAAUAAAAAUUUUAUUUUUUCGUUCUAUUCGAUUGGUUGAAAUCUCUCACUGAUUCUAUAACGCUUUGAGUGACCGCUUAAUUACAAACACCACUUCCUUGGCUUGUUCUAUGAGUCAGUUUGAAAAGAAUUUCAGACUUAUGAGAGAUGCCGAAAAACGCGUCCAAGAAAGUAAAGCCGAAGAAGAAGCUUCAGCACAAGAUGUCCGCAAAAUUUUGGCUUCGAGUUGGUUUUGAUUUAAAGCUAGAAAUCGAUUUUUUUUUUUCAAGCCAGACAAAAAUCUUUGGAUGCGAUGAAGAUGAACGAGAAGGUCAACAACGAAUUUGGGCAGUUUUGGGACAGGCAGCUGGACAAAACUGCGGUAAUAAUCAAUAUUUUCAGAAUACAUCUCGAGUUUUUUGUUUUUAGAAAGGCCUCGACACGGAUUCUGAAGAAGACGAGCUGGACGAGGAAACGAUGCGACGGAUUCUGAAGGAGGCCGAAGAAACUCCAGAGGAACCAAUAGCCGUCAAGAAAAUAGUCCAAUCCGAUCAAGCUGUACCUUCUUCCGAUGGCUCUCCAAAGAAGAAAGGCGGCUUCUUUUCCAAGUUUUUCGGAAAUAAGACUUGA